UGCCUGGUAUCUCCUCAGCUAUUUUUCCUUUACCUAGCUGAGAAAACUAUAAAGGUGAGCAGCUGAUUUGAGAUUAAUUAAAUUAAAUUACUGUGCAGAGCUGCACCAGUAGUUUAAAAUGAGCCUUACAGACAUUCUAAGCCCUUCUGAUAUUGCUGCUGCUCUGCGGGACUGCCAAGCUCCAGAUUCCUUUAGUCCCAAAAAAUUCUUUCAGAUCAGUGGGAUGUCUAAAAAGAGUAGCAGCCAGCUCAAGGAGAUCUUCCGGAUUCUCGACAAUGAUCAAAGUGGCUUUAUUGAGGAAGAUGAGCUCAAGUAUUUCCUUCAGAGAUUUGAGUGUGGAGCCAGAGUGUUAACCACCUCAGAAACAAAGACCUUCUUGGCAGCUGCAGAUCAUGAUGGGGAUGGUAAAAUUGGGGCCGAAGAAUUCCAGGAAAUGGUGCAGUCUUAGAGGUUCAAAAGGACCAAACAAGAUAGAAUUGGGAUGAAUCUACAUGAGACACUCCAAAACCUUGAAAGUCAGGAGUUCCUUAUUUACCUUGACAGUGUCUGUUAUUUUUUCAUUGCCUUAGCAACAUAAUGAAACACUGAUUAAUGAUUUUUUUUUUUCAUUGUGUGGACCAUUUACCAUGUUCUAAACUCUACUUUAGCAGACACUUCCCUUAAAAAUAUCCAAUAAAAAUUAAUCACAUACUGUAGCUUGU